GGAUGUCCUAGUACGCGACGUCACCAAUGGAAAUUGGACUCGCACGCUGGCCUUGAUUAAUCGGAUAAUCACAGCCCAUUUGCUCUUGCUCGUUUGUUGGCGGAGAGAUCGACCGAUCGAUCGAACGAUCUUGUCUAUAUAUAGAGCAACAAUCUACCUUCUGUGCUACAAGCAGUUCUACUACACUGUAAGUACACACGCGGAAAUUCAAUGGCGGUUGACUCCAUGGAAUCGGUGGCCUUUGUCGCGGUGCCCUUCCCGGCGCAGGGCCACCUGAACCAGCUCAUGCACCUGUCCCUGCUGGCCGCGUCGCGGGGGCUCUCCGUGCACUACGCGGCGCCGGCGGCGCACCUCCGGCAGGCGCGGUCGCGCCUCCACGGCUGGGAUGCGCAGGCCCUCGGCUCCGUCCAGUUCCACGACCUCGGCGUCUCGGCGUACGAGUCCCCGGCGCCCGACCCGACCGCCCCUUGCCCCUUCCCGAACCACCUCUUGUCCAUGUGGCAGAUCUUCACCACCGCCGCGCGCGCCCCUCUCGCCGCCCUCCUGGAGAGCCUCUCGGCCACCCACCGCCGCGUGGUCGUCGUGCACGACAGGCUCAACUCCUUCGCCGCCGUCGAGGCGGCGCGGCUGAGCAACGGCGAGUCGUUCGCGCUGCAGUGCGUGGCCAUCUCGUACAACGUCGGGUGGCUGGACAUCGAGCACCCGCUCCUGCGCGACAACGGCCUCGAGUUCCUCCCCAUCGACGCCUGCAUGUCCAAGGAGUUCCUGGAGUUCGUCUUCCAGACGGAGAAGGAGAUGCAGGAGCAGGGGGGCGUGCCCAGCGCCGGCAUGGUCAUGAACACGUGCCGCGCACUCGAGGGCGAGUUCAUGGACGCCAUCGAGGCGCACCCGGUGUUCAAGGACCAGAAGCUCUUCGCAGUUGGGCCACUGAACCCGCUGCUGGACGCGACUGCCCGGACGCCGGCGAAGACGCGGCACGAGUGCAUGGACUGGCUUGACAUGCAGCCGCCGGCGUCGGUGCUCUACGUGUCCUUCGGGACGACGACGUCUCUCCGGGGAGAGCAAAUCGCGGAGCUGGCAGCGGCGCUCAAGGGCAGCAGGCAGAGGUUCAUCUGGGUGUUGCGCGAAGCUGACCGUGCCGACAUAUUCACGGAGCCCGGCGAGAGCCGGCACGACAAGCUGCUGUCGGAGUUCACUAAAGAAACCGAGGGGACGGGGCUGGUGAUCACCGGGUGGGCGCCGCAGCUGGAGAUCCUGGCGCAUGGCGCCACGGCGGCAUUCAUGAGCCAUUGCGGCUGGAACUCGACAAUGGAGAGCCUGAGCCACGGCAAGCCGAUUCUCGCCUGGCCAAUGCACUCGGACCAGCCGUGGGACGCGGAGCUUCUCUGCAAGUACCUCAAGGUCGGACUCCUCGUGAGGCCAUGGGAGAAGCACAGUGAGGUGGUACCGUCUGAGGCCAUCCAGGAGGUGAUCGAGGAGGCGAUGCUCACAGACAAAGGGAUGGCGGUGCGGCAGCGGGCGAAGGUGCUCGGCGAGGCCGUUCGCGCGGCCGUGGCAGACGGCGGCUCCUCGAGCAAAGGCCUCGACGACUUCGUUGCUUACGUCACAAGGUGAUCAGCGUAUCUGUUCAUGCCAUAGACAAAUACACAGAAAUCUUCGCAUGUGUUUCAACCUUUGAAUUAGGCUUUGUACGAAAGCUGGAUUUCAGUAUACAAUGACUUGUCGGUUUCAAUGUAUCCAUCUGCUCACUUUUAA